CUCGGUUCUGUUCCAGAAAUCCCAGGCGCAGUACAUUGGACGCUGAAAAUCGAUAGACCGACGGUGACUCGAUAAAUUUUAACGUUGGCGCACCAUCGCGACUUUUCUUCUCACAAAAAAUGAAAAAGACAUUGCUAAACGACUAUACCAAUCGAGAAAACAAGAAAAGAUCGUUUCAAGAGAUUGUUUCCUCUCCGAAUAACUCGGAAAACAAAAGAAGGUAUAUUAGCAGUUUACGUUGCGUGAGCGGUGACGGUAACCGUGGCAGUAGUACAACCGGUGGUUCAACCGGCUUGCUACGUGGAAUUCGUAGCCGCGGAGGCGGCGGGGGUGGAGGGGGUGCGGGUAGCCCAGGCUCUGGAAGUCCAAGAGGAGGAAGUCCCCGUGUUGUUAGCCCGCGUCUGGGUAACAGAGGCGGUGGAACUGAGGGUGUACCAGUACCCCCAAGCAACGGUCACCAUCACCUAAACGGACACGGACAUCAUCACCACCAUCAUCAAACAACCACAGGAACCCGCCACAUUAGGCAUCACAAACUAACAGUUAGCAAACAUUGCAACGAACACCGACAUCAUCUACAUCAUCAUCGACAUCAUCCACAUCAUCGAUUCCAUCGGGGAAUGAACAUGGGACAAAAAAUAUCAGGUAGCGUGAAAAGCCUGACUCGCGACAGUAGUGUGUCAGCACAAGGAGGAGUUGGCGCCGGUGGAGGUGCCGCCAUUGGGUACAAACCAGUUGUCCCUCGGGAACUGGCCCAAGACUUAUCUAGACCUGCUCGUCUUGAUGUUCUUCUGGAUAUGCCGCCAGCUUCACGUGAAACUCAAAUACACCACAGUUGGAAUGCCGAUGACCGUAGUUUGAAUAUUUUUGUUAAAGAUGAUGACAAGUUAACCUUCCAUAGACACCCAGUGGCACAAAGUACAGACUGCAUUCGGGGGAAAGUCGGUUACACGAAGGGAAUGCAUGUGUGGGAGCUACACUGGAGUACAAGGCAACGUGGAACUCAUGCAGUUGUCGGCGUCGCCACGGCAGACGCACCUCUUCAUAGCGUCGGUUAUCAAAGUCUCGUUGGAAACAAUGAACUGAGUUGGGGAUGGGAUCUUGGUAGAAAUAAACUCUAUCAUGAUUCCAAAAAUAAUAAUGGGAUCACAUAUCCCGCUCUUCUCAAACCUGACGAAUCUUUCAUUGUUCCAGAUAAAUUUUUAGUGGUUCUCGAUAUGGACGAGGGAACUCUAGCAUUCGUAGUUGAUGGUCAGUACCUUGGAGUAGCAUUUAGAGGACUGAAGGGCAGAAAAUUGCACCCUAUUGUUUCCGCAGUAUGGGGACACUGUGAAAUUACUAUGAAGUAUAUUGGAGGCCUUGAUCCUGAGCCAUUGCCAUUGAUGGAUCUUUGCCGUCGUGUGAUCCGACAACGAAUCGGCAAACAUCUAAUAGAAGAGAAAGUGGACGAAUUGAGCCUGCCACUCUCUAUGAAGACUUAUCUUUUGUAUCGAGACAGGAGGUAACCACCGAGUGGCAAAAUUUGAGAUACCAGAAAAUCGGCGAUCUCAAAACUAACAACUCUUAAGACACGAUAUCGUUAUCACUACAACGCACAGAGAUCCCGCCGAACCCCUCGCUUGCCACCGAGAAAAGUCCACCGAUAGCCGCGUGUCAAUCUUCGUCAUCUCAAUGAUUUUCGUAGCAGAGUAAUAUCAUUAUUACGCCCCAUAAAAACGAUGCUUCUACGGAAUCCUAAUCUAGGAAUAAUUAUUAGCUAAUAUUUGUUGUUUUAUGUUGUCGACGCGAUCAAAAUCGCAGAGUUUUUAUUCCUUGUUAUGAUUUAGCCGAGAAUUGCGAUUUGGAUAUCUCUAGCAUCGGCAAGCAUACCUUUGUUUCUUUCCCACUUUGUUUGAGCUUUGUGUAUAAUCGAGAGAAGAGCGCAAAAAUAUAUGAGAGGACGAUUUAAAAAGACAGAAAAGAAACUUUAGUUUCAAGAAACUAAAGAAAAGAAUAAGUUUGAAGAAAAGAGAAAGAAGAAUUUUAAAUAGGAUUUAGAGAAAGGGAAAUUUUUUGAACAAAAAAGAAUUAUAAAAAGGAGAAGAGACUUGAAAAAGAGGAGACUGGACGAUUUCGUUAUAGAAAAUAACUUUUUUCUGAGAAAUUUUCUUGACGAAGACACGCGGCAUUCCCUUGUAGAACUUCAAGGUUGGCCAGUAAACAAUUUAGACGUAGUCGAGCCUGAAGACUGCAUUUUUCUUUGGAGUUUUUUUUCAAUUGAAUUGUCGAAAGUCGAUAUCGGGCUCGCUGUAUUCCGGCAUUGCGAGGAGGAAUUCACCAAACAAUAAGAAGACAAGAGACAUUGAAAAUUUAGCCAAAGAUGGUGAACACAAACUUCAUCAUCAUUAUUAUCAUUUUCAUCAUUGAGGGAAGAGGAUUUCAUUAUUACCAAUUAUUAAGCAGAAGAAGACGAAAAAAUGAAAAAAUAAGAAAAAGUGUGUACAGUGAAGAUAAAAUGCCAGCUGAAUAGCCACCUUCCAAUAGACUCGUUUUUCAAGUAUUUUCUAAGCAUGCUAGGUCUUACAAAGUAUAGUGGUUUAAUCAAGAAAACGUAAGUUUGUAUGUGUGUGUAUGUGUAAGAAAGAUAUAUAUAUAUAUAGCAAUGUUAUAUUGCUGUAUAUAUAGCAAGAGUUAUGCGCAUGCGAGAGAAGAGAAUCGUACGGCGUUUUUUGAAUCGUACGGCGAUUCAAAAAAGGGAGAAAUAAGAGAAACGCGACUAGAUUCAAUUUUUGGUAAAGCGAAAAAUGUGAAUGAAAAAAGGCAUUGUUUUGUCGCGUCUUCCAAAAUUACACCAGCUGCCAGUGUUUAAUUCACGCUUCCCUUUAUUUUGCUUUUUUUUACAAAAAACACUAUUCCUCCAAGUCGCUAGUCUUUUAACGCACCAUCUCUUUACGCAAAAACGCGCAUUUUUCAUUGGCAUUUUUCUAUGGAUGUGUGAAUAUUCCCCAAAUUUUUUGCAGAUAAUGAAAUUGAAAAAUUUGGUACCCGUUAUUUUAUGCUCAAAAAUAUAGUUGUUUCACCAAUUUUAAGAAAUUUCAGAAAAAUUACCUCGUUUCUUGUUAGUAGUAAAUUUACAAAAAUAUUCUUAAUUUAUGUUAUCAUGAAUGAUAUAACAUUUGGAGGUUAUUCCACUAUGAAUAUGAAUAUUUUUGAGAAAGAAUGCAGAAAUAUUAAAUAAAAUAACCCUACUUUUAGGCAAAGUGGAAUUUAUGGAGAAUGUCCACAAAUCUCUUUUUCUAAAGGAAUUCUUAGAACUAGAUUGUGAGAAAUUUACUUAGACGAGCCUAAAGACAAAAAGAAGCAAAAAAACGUUCUAUAGCACUCGUAGAUAUUUGCGCAUCUUUAAUAAAAGCAUAAACCCUAAUUUUUUACAAUAUCCGGACACGAGUCAUGUUCCGAUUUAUUGAAGACAGGACAAAUAGAUUUAGAACGUUGUACAUAUUAUUAUUGAUAAAUAUUAAUAAUAAUAAUAACAAUAAUAAUAAAAAUAAUAAUUAUAAUAAUAAUAAUAAUGAUAACGAUAAUGAUAAUAAUAUUAUUAUUAUAUUAAUUAAUAGUUUAAUCGAUUAAGCAAUUAUCGUGUUAGUCUGCAUAAUGUGGAUCCGUUUUAAACGGUUCGAUCGACUUUUUUUGCAGUUUAAAAAGACGAGUCUUCAUUUUCUUGUGACAUUGAAUGUCUCUCGAAGAUUUCAAUCUCUCGCAUAAUUUUUUAUUUUAAUAAGGACAAGAGAAAGUAAGAUUCAAGUACAUAAAAUAAAAAGAAAUUGAGACUUUUUAAUUCGUGCCUCUCAGUCUCUCUCUUGUCUCGCGCAAUCCUUUUCCCUUCAAGUCAUUAGAUAGCUCUAUUUGCGACGACUGAACUCUUCUACAUCUACCAAUUGUUCGAUUAUGAAGCUUCCCAGUGCUUCGACCGCGAUUUUUGUUUUCGAAACUAAAUGAUUUUUGUCAAAAUGACAAAAUGUGCAAUCGAAAUUAUCGUUCUGUUACGCUCGUUUUUUAUUCUAGUUUUUAAAAAUUUCUCCAGAAUUUGAAUCUAUCGAUUGGAAUAAUCACGAUUGUCGAAUCAUCAAUUUUCUGAUGAAUCAUAAAUUUUCAUCACUGAAUGAAAAUUUUGUAUUUUCUGAUGUAUAAUCUGAAAUAAUUUCUCUAUCGAUUAAUUCGUGCUGGAAGUUUUAUUAGAAAUAAAAACAUCAUGUUUGAUAAAAAUAUCAAUUGAUUAUCUGUUCCAAGUUAAACUGAUCAUAUGGUUUCUCAACUUCACAAAUGUUUUUUGUUUGCGAGAACAGUGCCAUUAUCGGUCGAACCGAGGAUGCGUGGAAUCUCAAAACUUACGCAAUGGAGUGCGAUAAAGUAAUUUCGACUCAAAAGCGGAUAAGGCCAGUGUUUCUGGGACGUGUAAAUAGUAAUACUUUUUGUAAUAAUACAUAAUCGCAUACUAUUGAGACUCAAAAUUAUAAGAAAAAGAAUUUAUUCAGAUAAUCCUACAAAUUUUAAAUUUAUUCAUUAUCGACAAGUUUUCCUUGAAAGUUUACUGGAAAAUUUAAGAAAUACCUAUCAAUUUAAUUUUUAAGACUUGCUUUUGGUUAAAAAAAUAAAAUUCAACGAAGAUUUGCGAAAUUGUUGAUAAUUUCUUUAGUUAUAGAUUUGCAUCUCGAGUUCCUUAAAUUUUCUUAUUUAAUUCUUUGAAUCGAGUUUAUUUAAACCGAUUUCUUGAAAUGAAGUAUUCUUUAAACUGAAUUUCUUGUGUUUCUUUAAUGAAAGGAAUGUAUAUUAUUUUUAAAAAUAAAACAAUAAAAUUUCGUUAUAGUUUUUAUCAGUUUGCUUUUUAGAUUUGAAGAACAUUUUUUAAUCGCUGUUAUGCUUUUGAUGGAACUGAUUUACGAAAAUCAGUUGCGAUGAUUCCACAGAGGUGAAAUUUGUUCAAGUCGAUACGUUUUAAGUAUCUUUAAACUUUCUUGUGAUGUAUGUGAUUGUAUAAGUUUUUGUUCAGAUUUUAAUUUUCAGUAUUGUCGCGUCUAUGCAGAAGAGGGUGAUCUAAAAGAUCGUUUUUUCAUUCUAAGCUUUAUGUUUUUUUCCUUUUAAGUUUUUUUUUCUUUUUGUUUUUAAUACCGUAAAAUAAAUGUUAACAUCCGGCAAAUAUGUAGGACGAAUAUCUGGAAUGCUUUGUCAGGAAUUUCGGCAAAUGCGUCUUUUCUCCUAUGUAGCUGUGAUGCCUUGAGAAAUGAGUCUAAUUUUUAUUUAUAUUGCGAUUAUCAUAGGUGAUUAACUGUGUGAAUGGGAGAGAUUUGAAAUUGUGCGAGCUUUGGCUUUUAGCGACUCGAAAAGUCUUUUCCCCAUUUUUACUCAUUAGUUUUAGUUAAGUGCAUCUCUUUUAACGAAAUUUACGUCUUACAUCUUUUAUAUUUAUCUUAUUAAGAGAACAUUAUUCAUUUGAACACACAUCAAGAUUUGGUGGAAAAAUUUUUAAGAAAAGUGUUUUUUAAAGUCUUGAACUAAAAAAUUUGAAUUUUUAAACAAAUUGUUUAGAGAAGAGUAAAGGAAUAAUUUUAUAAAAUCCUGAGGGGAAAUAAUUGUUCGACUCGUUAAUUGCAGUUUUUAGUCUGCCGUGUAUGUAUUUUUUGUCACUUUUGUGUUAAGCCUGGACUAUUGCAACGAGCGAUCUCACGUCUAUUAUUUAAGUUUACAAGUUAGCUUGGUAUUGCUGUAUAGCGACAGGUAAUGUGGAGUUUAUAAAUAUAUAAUGCCUUAAUGUUAACGAUAAUAAUGAUAGUGUUCUAUUAGUUUACAUUCUUAAAGAAAAGAUGAGGGACUAAGGACAAGAUUUACACUACUUGAUUGAGUUAUUCUUAAUAUGUCUCCGUUCUGUUCGUCAUUUGGUAUUUUUGUAUAUACACAAUGAAAAAGCAAAAUGUAUAAUUACAAGUAUCUUGAAACUUUGUGAAACGAGCCGAGCGUAGGACCGACUGCUGUCUGAAAUAGUUCAGGCUGGAUGGAUGUCAAUGUUUGUAGCGGGUAAACAAAAGGCAACACGCAGCGUAUUGUAAUUAAAAUUGAAAACCAUUAACAA